AUACACUGUCCUGCCCAGCAGGUGGCGGUAAUGCAUCUGGGUUUGUUGCUUACAGAAGAAGAAGUUUCUUUCCUCUUAUAGUGCGUUAUCCCGAGAAAAACGCUGAAAACAGCUGAAAUUUAGGUUCUCAUUAUACGCAUUGCAAAUCGACAAAACUGGCCCCUCCACUGCCUGUCACCAUGCCCGCCCUGCUGGAGAGACCCAAGCUGUCCAAUGCGAUGGCCAGAGCCCUCCAUAAGCACAUAAUGAGAGAGAGGGAGCGCAAGAGGCAAGAGGAAGAGGAGGUGGACAAAAUGAUGGAGCAGAAGCUAAAGGAAGAGGAGGAGAGGAAGAGGACAAAAGAAAUUGAGGAGCGGAUGUCCUUAGAGGAAACCAAAGAACAGGUCAUGAAGAUGGAGGAGAAACUUCAGGGCCUCCAAGAAGAGAAACACCAGCUUUUUCUACAGCUUAAGAAAGUUCUGCACGAGGAGGAAAAGAGACGCAGGAAGGAGCAGAGCGAUAUCACAACCUUGACAUCAGCCAGCUACCAGCCCAGUCUGUCCAUGCACACAGGACAGCACCUCCUCAGCAUCCCAGGAAGCCCAGUGAGCCACAGUCGACCCGGCGCCCUGCUGGGAGAACGGAGCAAGCAGCUGUUCCCAGCCUCCGUCAUCCCAACCCGUCAUUAUCAGACGGCCGGGUUCAGCUCCAGCUCAGCAGAACACGGUCAGUUCAGCGGCAGCCAGGGGGUCCACGAGCCCUACGGCGUGGCCGCGUCCCAGCACCCUUCCACCUACGCCCCCGGACCGUCUGUACCCGUUAGCUUUGCCAGCAGCUCUCAGAUCAGAGGAGCGUCCGCUUUCCAAGCCAUGCAGUACCUCCCUCACCAGCAGACGGGCUAUCCUGUUCACAGCCACUUCCCCUCCCAGCCUGGAUUCAUCUCUGGAGCGUCGAUACCCCUGCAGAAGCAGCUGGAGCACGCCAACCAGCAGUCAGGCUUUACAGAUGCAGGAGCGUUGAGGCCCAUGCAUCCCUCUGCCAUGCAUCCUUCUGCUUCAGGUCUGCUGCCCACACCCAUGGUCCAGAUCCCCACCGCCAAGGUGAGGCUUCCUCGUCACCCACUUCCCUCCUGGGUCACCUCUCAUUUUUUAAAAAAAAUUAAAACAGCUUUUUGUGACAUUUCGUGUUUGCGUCUUCAGGCUCCGUUUCAGAGCUCCCCACAGGGAGCCCCCCGUCACAGCUUCCUCGCCCACAGCCAGGGUGGGCAGAGGUUCUACCACCACAGCAAGUAAAACACCUUCAUCUUUCUUUUACUGCAGCUUCACCACCAUGAGGAGGAACCCGUGGCGGAUCACUCUGGAUUUAAAAUAAAAACGUAGAUUGAUUUGUGCCAUAAUGACUAUAAUUUUCACAGUGUAAUUAUUUUGACGUUUAAUAAGCUAACGAGAAAAGCUAGGAUUCACAUGUUUCCGUGGUUUUUCCUUUCUUUCAUUUUUCCACAACUUUUAAUGAAUAACAUUUGUAGAUAUUCAUUAAGAGUUCUGCUGCUUAAAACCUUAUGGCCAGCAGGGGGCGCACAAGAGCAUUCCAUUCAAGCCCAAAAGUUAUGUUAGCACUUAAUAUCUAUGAAGGAUUAGCAUACUUUUAAAUUUACUCUGUUAAAUACCAAAUUACCGAUGGAAACAACUUUCUGCAUUGAACCUUUAACCUUGUAGAAUGUUUUAAUUUUUACAACUUAAAAUUUGAUAAUUUCAUACAGAAACCACCAUAAAACUGCAACAAAAAGACGAGAAAUUUGUUAAUUAGUUCUGAUGAAACUGGAAAUGUAAAGGUGUUUAGAGGUGAAAUUCUGCUAAAAGGUUAUAAGAAAUUAAUAUUACCUGCAACAUACAAUUCUUAUGACAUCUUCAGUUGUCCGUCUUUUGUGUAAAUCCAGGUUAUUUAGACUCAGGUGCUAAAGCUAACGGCUAGUCUACUACAGAUAAGACCAGCUUUGACUUUUACUGCCUUCAACAUUUUCAAUCUCAAACGUCAGAGGACUAUGUGAAGAGUUUUCUGUUUAACUUUAGUCAUUGUCAAUUUUGGAUAGAAUCAUAACAAAGAAGUAAAUAUAAGUACAUUAGAAAUGACGGCGGGAGGCGGUGCGCCGCCGACAAUCUUCCUGUGUGAAACACAAACCACAUAAAGCAUUUUCAAUCAGCGUAAAUAAUAUCGAGGAAGAAAAAAAUCUCAAUAUAAUGCUUACAUGUUGCAGAUGUUUCUUAACUCAUUUCUAUAAGUUACUCUGACCAGGAAGACUCCAGAUGUUUCAGGAAGACCAUUGGUGGUGCACCGCCUCCCGCCUGCAUUUCUAUGUGACAUGAGCAGAACCUCGUUCCACAUUAAAUCCUCAAUUAUCCUCCUGGAAGUGGUUUAGUUUUUUCCCAGCUAUUAAAUGGACCUCCAGAUGUGGCUCAGUUGAAAGGAAGCUUAUUCUGAAACUGCUCCGAAACCAUUUCAUGGUCUUGAACGUGUUUCAAACGGUUAUUUUCUAUCAAACCCACUUGUUUUCUUUACUCACCUGUGGAUAGAUUCACUCUGAUGAUCCCCACUCAGGCUUGUAAACUUUGCGUUAAUACUUUGGAGCGAUGCUGUUUGUUUUUUUAUCAUCCUCUGCAGCAUUAACUGGCUUAAAGCAUUUAUUUAAAACUUGCUAAAUAAACGAUACAUCACACCCGUCA